GCGAGACAGACAGGGAGCCGCAGUGUGCCCUGGGUCCCCACCCCCUUCUGCAGCCACCCUGUGGCUGUGCACGCCUGCCCAGUGGUGUGGAUGCAGGAUGCUGCAGCCCGAGGGCCCCCCAGCCUCAGAAGAGGGUGGGACCCGCGGAUCGACUGCAUCAUUUGCUACUCGGCCUAUGACCUCUCUGGGCAUCUGCCCCGCCGCCUCUACUGUGGACACACCUUCUGCCAGGCAUGCAUGCGGCGGCUGGACACACCAGUGCACGAACAGCGCUGGAUCCCCUGCCCACAGUGCCGCCAGAGCACACCCACACCUCGAGGAGGGGUGGCCAUGCUGGACCUUGACUUGGCUGCCUUCCUGGCUAUUAAGGCUGAACGAGAGCCAGCAAGGAUGGAGCCCUGGCCCCUGACACCCCUCAAAGAUGGCACCGCUAUCACUCAGCAGCCGACUGGGCUCUGCCCCACCUUGGGCCCCCAGCCCCACUUUUCCCCAACGAGAUGCUGCUGGAACUGUGGCAGCCUCUGCUGCCUGUCCCUGGGCAGCCACGAGGUCUGAACUCUGGCCAUCACCACCCCUGCAGGGGAACCUGCUGCC